AUGAGAAUUGGGAGGCGGGGCAAGCUUAGCCCCAGAUAUAUCGGGCUUUUUGAGAUUUUAAGGGCAGUUGGUGAGGUUGCCUAUGAGUUAGCUUUGCCUCCAGCAUUCUUACCUAUCCAUCUGGUAUUCAAUGUUUUGAUACUGCGUCGGUAUGUUCCAGACGAGUCCCAUGUGCUCCAGUAUGAUGCGGUUGAGUUAGAUGAUCAUCUGACUUAUAUUGAUGAGACAGUUUCCAUCUUAAAUAGAGUUGUGAGGCAGUUGCGAUCCACAACCACACCUGUGGUUAAAGUCUGUUGGAGGCAUCGUCCAGUCGAGGAGGCCACUUCAAAGACCGAAUGUGUCAUAUUCUGGAAACUAGUAGACUAA